UCCCACCCCCCUCUACCUCUCAUUUCCCUCCAAGCACAGACCCAAAAUCCCCAAAACAACUCUCAUCUCCCCUUUCUCCUUCCUCUUCUCUCUGUGAAUCUGUGGAGAGCAAAAAAAACCCAGCAAAAAUCAUGUCUUGCUCAAAUCUAACCAUGUUGGUCUCUUCAAAAUCAAGUCUCUCUGAUCCAUCUGCACUCUCAUUUAGAUCUGCCCUAAACCCAUUUUGUCUCCCAACUUACAAUUCAACAACCCCGUCAUCUCGAUCUUCAUCUCAAAUUAGUUGCAAUCUUCGUGAACUCCGUGACCGUAUUGGUUCUGUAACCAAUACCCAGAAGAUUACUGAAGCAAUGAAGCUUGUGGCUGCUGCGAAAGUUAGAAGAGCUCAGGAAGCAGUGGUAAGUGGUAGACCCUUUUCUGAAACCCUAGUUGAAGUACUUUACAGUCUUAAUGAACAACUUCAGAAUGAAGAUGUUGAUAUUCCUUUAACAACUGUUCGUCCUGUUAAGAAAGUUGCAUUAGUUGUUGUUACUGGUGAUCGAGGUCUUUGUGGUGGUUUCAAUAAUCAGCUCUUGAAAAAAGCUGAAGCUAGAAUUGCAGAAUUGAAGAGUCUUGGUUUGCAAUACACUAUUAUUAGUGUCGGGAAAAAGGGAAAUACUUAUUUCUCUCGUAGACCUUAUAUUCCUGUUGAUAAAUACCUUGAUGGUGGAAAUCUUCCUACUACUAAAGAAGCUCAAGCUAUUGCAGAUGAUGUGUUUUCGUUGUUUAUUAGUGAAGAAGUCGAUAAAGUCGAACUUUUAUACACUAAGUUUGUUUCUCUAGUGAAAUCAGAUCCAGUCAUUCAUACACUGCUUCCACUUUCGCCUAAAGGAGAAAUUUGUGAUAUCAAUGGAACAUGUGUUGAUGCAGCAGACGAUGAGCUUUUCCGCUUGACUACCAAAGAAGGAAAAUUGACUGUCGAAAGGGAUGUAGUGCGAACUAAAACAAUUGAUUUUUCACCUAUCAUUCAAUUUGAGCAAGACCCAGUUCAGAUUCUUGAUGCACUUCUGCCUUUGUAUUUAAACAGUCAAAUUUUGAGGGCAUUACAGGAAUCUUUAGCUAGUGAGCUUGCAGCCAGGAUGAGUGCCAUGAGCAGUGCAUCUGAUAAUGCAAGUGAUUUGAAGAAAGCUCUUUCAACACAGUUUAACCGAAGGCGUCAAGCUAAGAUUACUGGUGAGAUAUUGGAGAUUGUUGCUGGUGCUGAUGCGUUAGUAUGAAUUCUGCUUAUAACUCUUCAGUUUCGCUUAUAUGUUAUUGUUCCUUCUCUUCUUUUUGAUGUUCCGCUUCCUAAUUCAUUAAAGUAUGCCUGUAUAAGAAAUUAGUUAUUUAAGAAUCGACAACUUCAUAAAUGUAAGUUUCGGCUGCGUUCGAGCUUUCUGUACAAUGAGUAAAACCAACAAUGUCGAUUCGGAACAAAUGUGUUCCUUGUCAUUAUGUUCAUCUCCUUCUUCAUAUAUACCUGUAUAAUUUUAGAGUUCUUCUCUAGUUCAAUCUGUCUCAUGGUUGUUUGGAUAACCGGAGUAUAAUAGUAUAAUUUGGAGUUC